AUGAAUGGGCGGCAUCUGCGAUCAGUCAGCUGGCAUGCGCUGAUGCAAUCAUUGCAGGCAUACGACGAUCGCCUGCGCCAAGCCUUCCAGGACCCCUCGUUACCAUACCACCAUCACCACCACCACCAGAACGCGUCACUCUUCCCACCAGAGGAUGCAGCAGUACUCGAGGCAUACCUCACCUGCCUGCACCAGGUGCUGCGCCACUCCCCUCCGCCCCUGCGCACGCGCCUCUUCUCCGAUGCCUUCUUUGACUCGCUCUUCCGCCUGCUCCCCCACGCCGCCGUCCCCACCGCUCUCAAGGGCGCUCUGCGCUCCGCCAUUGCUGCCUUCCUCGGCGCCCCCGCCACCGUCGCUGCUCUUACCGCCACAGCUGCUGCUGGCUCUGCUGCCGUGGCUGCAGGAGGGGUUGCUGGUGCUGCUGGGGGGGAUGCUAGUGGUGGGGCAGCAGCAGGGGAUCUGAUGGCGAUCGCGGCAGCUGCGGCGGGGCUGACGGGGGCGGCGGCGGCAGCGCUGGCAGCACGGACGUGGGCUCUGGAGGAGUUUUACGACCUGCCGCCCACAGCUUCUGCGACCCUGGAGGAGCAACAGCGCCCCUCCACAGCGCCAUACGACAUGGGCAUGGAGCUGAGCGAGGUGGAGGCGAGGGUGGAGGAGUAUCCCUCAACGCUCUCCUACCUGCGCCUGCACAACACACUGCUCGCCCUCGACCCGCUCUCCCGCCCCGCCAGGUUCCUCGACUACUUCAAGUUCGUUACCAGCAGUGUGUUUGUGCCGUACACGCGCCGCGUCUAUGCAAAGGCAGACGAGAUUGGGCUGCUGCCAGCUGGCGCUACACCGGGGCUGCUGCUGAUGAAGGACUUCCUGUCAGCAGGCCCGGCGUUGCGAAACAUCAUUGCCAUCAUCUCAGCGGGCCCAGAUUCUCUCCUAGAGGAGCGAGCCAUGCGCCCCCAGGCGCUCUCAUUCGCCUUAGAAGACACCGUCGCCGCCUGCCUGCGCCUGCUGCUGCUCGCGCUCUCCCUCGACCAAUCGCUGGCUGACACCUGGCAGCCCGCUGUGCGCCCGCUGCACCUCGUGCUGGCGGAGGACGUGGCGCUCGUGACAGCUGUCAUGUCCUUCGUGCGCUACCAGCCGUCGGAUGCCAUCCAACGGUCGGCGAUCGAGCUCACGAGCGUCUUCAGUGCGCGCGGCGUGCCACUUGUCGCGAUGGCAUUGGAGGUGGGCAUGGUGCAGCGAUUGGUGGAGGAUUUCGCAGAGUGUCUUGACGUCAGCGCCAGCAGUGUGACUGUAGAGGGCGCUGCUGCUGAUGGUGGCGAUGGUGGUGUGACUGUGGAUGGUGGAGAGGAGGAAGGUGGGGAGGAGGGCAGCGAGCCGACAGACUGCGCCACCCUCAUUCUCCAGUUACUGCUGGCGUCACUAAGGAGGCAGCCCCCCACACUGGCGCACAUGCUGCUCGGGUUUGACGUCGACAGGCCUCUUGCUGCCUCUGUGCUGCAGCCCAACCGGCGGUUCAGCGCCCUCCGCAUUCUCCUCGAUCUCGUGCUCUCCACAGGAGCAGACGGCGACGCCGACGCCGACACCGACGCCGACCAAUCAGACGCCGCCAGCCCACCACGUGUCACCCUGCGGUUGGUGCGCCUGCGUGAGAUGAGCGUGCGAGUGCUCUACCACCUGGCAGCAGACCCCGCCACGUCAGCGCCCACUGCAGUGCUGCUGCAGGCGAAGCCGCUGAGCUUCUUUGCUCCGCUGCUCUCCUCUGCCCUUAAAGCGCCACUCCCUCGCCGCAGCAGCCGCCCCAGUCACCGCGUGGCGGCCCUGCAUGAGCGAGCGUGGCUGCUGAAGCUGCUGGCGCUGGCCCUGGAGGAGCUGCUGGGGACGGCAGCAGGGGUGGCGGAGGGGGGAGUGUUUGAAGUGAAUGAGAGGGGCGAUCGGCUCGUGGACCUGCGUGCGCUCUCACACAUCCUUACUCAGAGGUUCGCCCUGCUUGAAGCACAGCGAGGUCCGGGAGCACCGUUCCUGCCAGGCCCGAACCUGGGGGUGGCUGGCUCGGCAGCAGGUUCGGCAGAGGUGCGGCAGGAGGCAGUGAGGGAGGCGUUGAGGUUUGUGUGGCAGCGGAACCGAGUGGAGGAGGAGGCAGCAGCACAACAGCACGUGGCUCUGGCAUGGGCUCAGCUGCUGCAGAUGGCUCUGUCCAGAAGAUUUGAACUGCUGCCAGCACAUGCCAGGCUGGAAGCCUUGCUGCAGCUGCUCUCAGCGUGUCUGAGAGCCAUCGCUGCGCCACACAUUCCCCUCUCCCUCGCCAAGCCCAUCUCGCAGGUCGUUCUAGUGGCGUUCCUGCAGCUGCAGCACCUCUCCUCCUCCUCCCCCACCUCCUCCUCCGAUGCACCCUCCUCUGACGAUGCGGGCGAGGUGACGUGGAGCGACGUGAUUGGCCACUCCUCCCUCUCCGAUGCAAGCAACAAGGAGGGGCUAGGGGGCGGCGCAAGGGGGGCAGGGAUUGGGGGGGCGAGGGCGAGGGGGCAGGUGUCACUGGCGGAGAGCACGGGGCUGCUGAGGGACCUGCUGGGCGCUCUCAUGCGGAAAGACUCCUCUGAUAGCCUCAGAAAGAGGCUGUACACGUCACUCCUCACCUUCCUCGCCAUCUGUGCGCGCCGCUUCCGCAGUGCUGACGUGGACAUUUCGCCAGCUGUCAUGGCGCUCAUUCUCAGGGAGCUCCCCGGCGAGGAGACUUCCUCCGACCGCUCCCUGGAUAUGUUGGAGCGGCAGCGCAGGGAGAUGCAGCGGGCCACACAUGCCCUCCUCUCGCCCCACUUGCCCGCCCUCAUCCGCACUCUCUCCCAUGACGCCUCCUCCUCCCCCUCCCCCCUCACUCGCUCCCUCGCACUCGCCGCCCUCUCCUCCCUCCUCUCCCACUCCGCCGACCCAACCGCUGCUUCCGCCAGCCUGGCGCCGACCAAUGGCAUCGCAACAGCUGGACGGGACCACCAAAGCAUCUUUGCGCAAUCUCUGGGCGGCGGGCAGAAUCAGAAUCUGCCGAUUGGAUUCGGGCGGCUGCCGGAUUUGGCACCAGGGAUGACUUCACAGCUGGCAGUGGCGUCCACGUCAGCAGCGGCUGUGCUGAGUCAGAUGCAGGCGCAUGGGAUGGUGCAGGCGUGCAUAGCUGACAUCAGCAAGGGGAUCUCAGAGGUGCUGCUGCUCCCCUCGGCCGACGCCCAGCGUCAGGCGUUCGUGACGGAGGCGCGCCUCUCACUGCUGCUCUCAAUCGCAGCUUCUACGGGGCGUCAGGGGCUGCUGCUGCUGCUCAACGCCGGCUUCCUCCGCGCCAUGGCCGCAUGCCCCUCGCUUGACGCGCCCGUCUCGGAGUCAUCCUACCUCGCGCCACAACCAGUGGGUCUCUCAUCGCUGGACGUCCCAUCCGAGUCGCUCUGCUUCGCGCACCUCGUGGCCCCGGUGCUGCGCCUGCUGCUCGCUCUCUCCACCCUCGCCCCACCUGACGCCUCGCUCUCGCCGCACGCAGCACCUUCAGAUGCCACUUCGAAAGCGGACGUGGCAUCGCAGCUGCUGCACUUCGCCGUCCACCACGAGGCCAUGCUCUCGCGUCUGCUGGAGGACCGCUCGCCCGCCUGCAACCCCACCGACCUGCUGCUGCUCUCCCUCUCCACCGCCUUCCUCUCCCGAGCCCUUCUCUGGGCCAACCCCUCCCAGCUGGAGGGGCUGCGGGGCCUCAUGCUGCGCGCAGCAGCGGCGUACAGCGUGGGCGACGGGGAGAGCCGUGUGAAGUACGUGCGGCAACGCGUGGCCAGAGAGGAGGAGGACCGCGCAGGGGAGAUUGGCGGGAUCUCGCUCUCGCUGCUCGUGCCAGAGGAGGAGCAUGCAAUGGAGGAGGGAGUGGUGAGAGUGAGAGCCAACCUCAUGUCGUACCUGCGCUCCCUCGUCGCCUUCAAAGGCCUCCUGCUGCCCGCCGUCUCCAAGCACCAGCAUCAGGGCCCCACAUUGAGUCUUUUAUCAGAUCUGCUCCGUCAGAUGGUGAUUGACCUGCAAGCAGCUGUGGAGGCCCGUGGUACCGCACUCACCAAGCUGGUGGAUGUGAACGACAUGUCACGGCACGAGGCAGAGGAGCUCAUCCGUGCCACUGCCUUCCACGUGCCCCACACUGCUCAACAACACUCCCACCUCCCCCUCCGCCAAGCACGGCGGCAGGCGCUGCUAAUCCUGGCCAGCCUGGCAUCCACCAAGGAGAGAGCCCUCACGUGGAUGCUGUACAUCUGUGAGCACCUGCUGCACCUCUUCCUCGCCCACUUCUCCCUCCACCACUCCCUCCUCUCCCGCUCCUCCUCGCCCCUCGCCUCCUCCCUCUCGCCCUCCCCCACCACCUUCUCCUCCCGCCCGCGCUCCCUGCGCGUGCAAGGGCCUCGCAUGUCCCUGUCCCCUGGGGGGCCUGAUGGGAUGGGGUUCGGGGGAGUGGCUGAGGGGGGAGAGCAUGCAGCAGCAGCAGCAGAGGCGGCUGCAGCUGGGGUGGCAGGGGGGCACAGCAGGGAGGAGUUUGAGGCGGUAGUUGGGAGCACUGCUGACCUGGAGGCUGUGGCUCGUGAGGUGCUGCCAAGUGUCAACCGACUAGUGGAGGUGAAUGAGGACCGUGUGGGGUGCAGCACGGAUUACAUGAGGCGCCUUGCUCUCUCGCUGCGCUCCUCUCUGCUGCUCCAGUUCCACCUCUGA